CGGAAUAACAACACUAGCAAAGCAAAAAGAAUCGGAUGCAUGCCAACGAUGGCAGCAGAAUCCAGGAAUCGGUUUAGGAUUAUGAGACUGCGUUACCAAGCCAACAGGUUCCGGGGGUUUUUGGCGAUGAGAAUAUUACACUGUUGUCUCCAGCGAGUGCAACCUCCUAGUGCGCUCCCUGGAGAGAAUACCACCAAGGCUGCCUCUGGGGCCCUAGAAGGUUAUCAGUCACAUCACCAUCUCAUCCUACCACAAAUUGAAGUGGUAUAUCACACCAAGGAAGUGACCAAACCUUUGCCUCCAAGUUCGGUAAGUUAUCAGUCACAUCACCAUCUCAUCCUACCACGAAUGGAAGUGGUAUAUCACACCAAGGUACUGACCAAACCUUUGCCUCCAUGUUCGGUAAGUGAACUUCCACAGGCAAAUGUCAGCCAGCAGCUCCAGUGA